AUGGCACAAUCCACCCCUCGAGUUUGGUUGAUUACCGGUUGUUCCUCUGGGUUCGGCAGGGCGAUGGUGGAAGAGGUCCUGCAUAACGGCGAGAUUGCGGUCGCAAUUCUGCGCAAGCCUUCCGUCCUUGAUGACCUCGUCGCCAAAUACCCGCACACCCAGCUCCUAGUACUUCCAAUGGACGUGACGAACGAGGCGCAGGUCAAAUCUGCCUUCGCGAAGGCCAAGGACGCCUUUGGGCACAUCGAUGUCGUGUAUAACAAUGCGGGGCAGGCGUUCUAUCAAGAGCUGGAGGGGACACCGAUGGUGGACCGUGCCAAGGUGCUAAUGGAUGUCAAUUUCUGGGGCGCGGUAACGGUAAGCUUCGAGGCGAUGAGAUUCUUUAGAGAAGUGAACCCGAAAGGCGCUGGGGGCAUACUCGUGCAAGUAUCGAGCGCGGCAGCAACCACAGGGGCCCCAAUGAUCGGAUUCUAUAGCUCUACGAAAGCAGCCUUGGAUUCGUUCACCGAAGUCCUGGCACAGGAAGCUUCCCGCUUGGAAUAUUCGGUUAUACAGUUUAUGAAUGUCCACCCAGGUUGGACGCGCACGCCCAUUAUAUCAAGUGAAAUGCUCGAGCCUUCAGCACUGUAUGCAUCGGAACUGACAGCCGUGACGACGAAGUUUCGUGCUGGGUUUGAUGCAUUGAUAAAUACUGAUCUGCUGAAUUCUGUCGAGGUUGUGACAAAGCGCAUUUGGUCGAUGACGAGGAUGGACGAUGAGGACCUGCACAAGGGUAUGCAGGAGGGUCUAGUGCUUCAUAAGAUGAAGACUUUGAAAAUAGUUUCCGGAGCGUGA